UGCCCACACUGUUUGCCCUACUUGACUUGCCGUAGUAUGCCCAAUUGCCCGGAUGACAGGGGAGUUUGAAAAACAAUGGACUGUAAAAACCGGCGGUUGUAGCUAAAAGAGCUAACUAGUGCUAUGAUAUAAAUUGGAAACUUAAAUUCGGCAAAUUACAAUACUAGCUAGAUAAUUCUGCAAUGCAAGGUUUGUCCCUGUGACCAGCAGUCUAGUCAUUUUUGGUGUUCGUGGACCAGGACGGGAUCACCAUGCAGAAGCACCCACCAGGGGCAGGAGGGUGCUUCUUGGGUAUGCUGUCCCCUGGCCAUGGGGCAAGAAAGCUGGAAGGGAAAUCUUUCUACCUGGACGCUGUGAAGAGUCGCCCUGCAGCCUUUCUUGCGGAGGCCAUAUCCCAUCUCGGAGGGAGAAUUGAGAGUUUCCUGAAUAAGGAUGUCAGCUUUGUUGUGACUGGGAGCCUAGAGGGACUCCGAAGCGAGAGGUUCGAAGUGACCCGAGGUGGGUCAGACGGGAUGACCGGGGAGUGUCACAGCUCUCCCCGCUCCACCAAACCGAGAGAGAGCAUCAUGACCAGCACCAGGCAGCAGCGUCCAGCCACUGGCACUCCCAGACCAAUGGUUUGUGGCAGCCGCGGGAAGGCCCUGCUAGAGAAAGCCAUUAGGAAUAAUGAACGGCUUCAGGGGAACAGUGUUUUGGCCAAUGCCCGCUCUUGGGGAGUCAAGAUCGUGCACGUGGACGAUCUCCUGACGCAUGUCCAACUAUUGACAGCGGAGAGCUCCAAGGCCAGACGCAGGAAAACUGAGCUGAAAAAUUCCAACAAGUAUCCUGCUGUGUCUCGUGUCAUCAAAGCUGGUGCCUUGAAGUCCCCCUAUCUGAAGGUAGAGGAUUCAAGCAGGAAAUACAAGGCCCUGCACAUGCAGUCCAUGACCUUUCCCAAUCUGUGCUACUCUGGCCGGUUCAGUCCUUUUGAGCCCCCUGCACCCCCCCAGCCUGAGAGAGUAAAGGAGCAGGAACAAAACAAAGCCAGACAGAUAAUUAAGAGUUUGAGUACAAGCCAGGACAAACCUCGAAGCCCUCUCCCACGCAACCCCUCACUUUGCCGGGCACGCAAAAAGAACCUGGGCUACUGCGAGUGCUGUCAUGAACCCUUUAAGGACCAGGAUGAGCACUUGCAGUCGGCUCAGCAUCGUGGCUUUGUGCAGGACCGCUCCCACUACAGCCUGGUGGACCAGCUGGUGGCUGACAUGGAGCCGGGCUUCGCCCCCUGUCCUGCCCCAGAGUCAGCAGCCACAACACUGCUCAGGUUGGAGACUACCCCACUUCUACUACAACUGUCCCACAGCCCCUCCGAGAUGCAGACGCACAGUGAGACGGAGCACGCCAUCCAGGCCCUGCUUACCCAAGGCUCACCGUCCAACACCCUGGACCCGGAUCCAAGCUCUUCCACUCCGAGCGUAGUCCCCCUGUCAUCCCAUGCCCAGCCUCUCCCCCCCUGCCCUGACACCCUCAGCCUACUCCUCCUGCCACCCCUCCCCCAGCCUCUCUCCUCCUGCCCUGACAACCACCCUCCCUCCCCUGACACUCUUUGUCAGUCCCCCAACCUAGCCCCCUACCAAACCACUCCCAGCCCCUUUCCCCUGCCCCAACACCCAAUGCCAGCCUCCCAGCCCCUACUCCCAGCCUCCUGUACUCAGCCCUAAAACC